AUGAGUACAUUUUCCGGUAACAAGGUCUUUUGCUUCCACCAGGGCAGUGGUAGGAACGGCGAGCUUUGGUACAAUGUGUACAAUGGAUCCAACUGGACCGGCGAUGUGCGUGUCCCAAACACUGGCAUGUCUUCAAGACCCUCUGCAGUCUACUACCGAUCCAAGCUCUAUUGUUUCCACCAGGGAUACGGUGACAAUGGUGAACUUUGGUACAAUGUAUAUGACGGAAACACUUGGGCGGGUGACGUCAAAGUUCCAAACACUGGAAUGUCGGCUGGCCCAUCUAUUGUGAUCUACAACGACAAGAUCUACUGCUUCCACCAGGGUUACGGAAAGAACGGCGAGCUUUGGUACAACGUUUUUGACGGUUUCUCCUGGGCCGGUGAUGUGCGUGUUCCCAACACUGGCAUGUCAUCUGAACCCUCUGUCAUUAUCUACAACGACAAACUCUACUGCUUUCACCAGGGAUAUGGUGACAAUGGUGAACUCUGGUAUAACGUGUUCGACGGAUUCAGCUGGGCCAAGGACACGAAGGUGCCCAACACUGGAAUGUCUGAGGGUCCCUCAGCGAUCCUCUACAACUGCAAAAUCUAUUGCUUCCACCAGGGCAGCGGACAUAACGGAGAGCUCUGGUACAAUGUGUUUGACGGCAGCAGCUGGAAGGGAGACGUGAAAGUUUCUAACACUGGCAUGUCCUCAACUCCGUCUGCUAUGAUCUACGACAACAAGAUUUAUUGUUUCCAUCAAGGAUACGGAGACAAUGGAGAGCUUUGGUAUAACAGAUUUAAUGGAAACGCAUGGUCCGGCGACUCCAAAGUGUCCAACACGGGAAUUUCAGUUGGUCCCUGGGCGGUUGUUGCCUAG